AGGAGAGGCGGCCGAAGUGAAGGGCGCCGCGGCUUCUCCUUGGCUGGCCCCUUCCUCCCUUUCGGGAUUCGCCCCGUCCGGCAGCUUCUCCAGGGACCGUGCUCCUUCCUGACGGCAUGGUAACCACCCUCUCGCCCUUGAGGUGGCUUCCAGAGAGGCGCUAGAGACAGCCUGCCACCGGGGACUCUGGGGUCCCAUCGAAGCUUCUUUUGCUCACCUGAAAUCUACGCCUUCUCUCUGGCCCUCCCAGCAUCCAGGAAUUGAAGAGAGGGCUGUGUUGUUGCUGUGUUGUGUGACUUGGACAAGGGGGGAAAAAACCCUCUUUCCCUGCUGCUCCUUGCAGAUGUCCCUCUGAAGCCCGGGAAAAGCCAGAAGAGAGGGCUACCCCCCCCCCCGCUUAUGAUUCCUCCACCCAGAGCAUGAGGACACAAAUGCACCCAAGCUUGGUCUGUGCCAGAGAGGAGUGAGGGUGGGUGGGAUCCAGCCUCCAAAGGGGGGAGGAAGAGGAGGAGGAGGAGGAGGAAGAGGUGGAGAACGGCCGGCCGUAAAGAGAUGCAUCUUCAUUUGCAAAGAGAAAACCCUCUGAAUUAGCUUCGCUCGACAGCUGUCCAGAGGAGCCGGCAAAAGAGAAGGGGCCGCCUUUCCAACGGAGGGGGACGAGGACUGGACGGCUGUGGGAGAGACUCAGAGGGUCCUUGCCGGACUGCAGCGGAGGACUCGGUGGCCACCCUCGGCCCUGAUCGGCCACUUGCCCACGGAGGGACCAGUUGGCCCAGCUCAGGUCUGGUUCCGGAUGCUUGGCGGUGCCCAAGACUUUGAGUGACGCUUCCCUGCCUUUCCUCCGCGGUCGCAGCACUUGGGGUUGUCCCCCCUCCCCUGCCCAGCCGACAGCACGAUGAACGAAUUAUUGGACCCGGCCUCCCAGGCGAACCUGGGUGUCGUCUCGGCCACCUGCGUCUCUAAGGUGGAGCUGCGGGUCAGCUGCAAGCACCUGCUCGACCGGGACACCCUCAACAAGUCCGACCCCUGCGUGGUCCUCCUGAUGCAGUCCCAAGGCCAGUGGAUGGAGGUGGAGCGAUCGGAGGUCAUCAAAAGCAACCUGAACCCCAUCUUUGCCAAGGUCUUCAUGGUCGACUAUUACUUCGAGGAGGUGCAGAAGCUGCGCUUUGAAGUCUAUGACAUUCAUGGCCACAGCAGCAUCGGGACCCACGACGAUGACUUCUUGGGGGGGAUGGAAUGCACCGUGGGCCAGAUCGUGGCCCAGAAACGGGUGACCAAGCCUCUGUUCCUCAAAUACGGGAAGUACGCGGGCAAGUCCACCAUUACCGUGACGUCGGAGGAGAUUUCUGGAGAUAAUGGCUUCGUGGAGCUGUUCUUCCGGGCGAAGAAGCUGGACGACAAGGAUCUCUUCAGCAAAUCAGAUCCCUUUCUGGAGAUCUACCGGAUCAAUGAUGAUGGGAGUGAACAACUGGUGCACCGCACUGAGUUUGUCAAGAACAACCUGAGUCCCGUCUGGGAGCCCUUCAAAGUUUCUCUGAAUAGUCUGUGCAGUUGCGAAGACAAGCGGAAGCUGAGGUGCAUCGUCUUCGACUACGACUCCAGAGGCAAACACGACUUCAUCGGAGAGUUUUACACAACCUUCGAGGAGAUGCAGAAAGCCCAGGGGGGUAACAAGAUCCAGUGGGACUGCAUGAACCCCAAAUACAAGCUGAAGAAGCGGAAUUACAAGAAUUCAGGCACUGUCAUUCUCCUGGACCUAAAGAUCCACAGGGUCUACUCGUUCCUCGAUUACAUCAUGGGCGGCUGCCAGAUCCACUUCACGGUGGCCAUUGACUUCACAGCCUCCAACGGAGACCCCCGGAACAGCUGCUCCCUCCAUUACAUCAACCCCUACCAACCCAACGAGUACCUGAAAGCUCUGGUGGCUGUCGGAGAGAUUUGCCAAGACUAUGACAGUGAUAAGAAAUUCUCUGCCUUAGGCUUUGGAGCCAGGAUCCCACCAAACUAUGAGGUCUCCCAUGACUUUGCCAUUAACUUCAAUCCCAGCGACGAUGAAUGCGAAGGGAUCCAGGGCGUGGUGGAGUCCUACCAGAACUGCUUGCCCAAGAUACAGCUCUAUGGGCCCACCAACGUGGCACCCAUCAUCUCCAAGGUAGCCAAACUAGCCGCUGAAGAGGAGAAAACCAAGGAAGCUUCACAAUACUUCAUCCUGCUGAUCCUGACGGAUGGCGUGGUGACCGACAUGGCCGACACGCGGGAGGCCAUUGUCCGGGCCUCGUACCUCCCCAUGUCCAUCAUCAUCGUGGGGGUGGGCAACGCGGACUUCACUGACAUGCAGAUCUUGGACGGGGACGAUGGGGUCCUGCGCUCCCCCAAGGGCGAGCCUGCCCUCCGUGACAUCGUGCAGUUUGUCCCCUUCCGUGAGUUCAAGAACGCCUCCCCGACGGCGCUGGCCAAGUGCGUGUUGGCCGAGGUCCCCAAGCAGGUGGUGGAGUAUUACAGCUACAAAGCCUUGGCACCCCGCUCCUCGAAAGGAGGCACACCAGACUCAACCUUGAACUCACCUCAGUGAGGAGACCUUCCCCUUCUGGGGCUCCGACCACAUUGUCUGUCUUCCCUUCAUUUGCCAACUUAUCCCUCCCCCCCCAUGAGAUGAUGAUGGUGAUGUGACGGAGAGAGGAAGGGGCAAAACCCAGCCAGAAAUGCAAGGCUUGGGGGUAGAAGGCGGAGGUUCCUCUCCUGGCCACUGUCGACCAGCCGGUGCCAUCCAAAAAAUGUCGACCAGCCGGGGCCCUCUCAUAUCCCUCCUCAGUGACAGGAGAGGCUGGUGUUUGGCCCGGUGGAAGCAAGCGAGUUCUCUGGGGCAUCGACCGCAAAGGGAAACCUCCCGGCAGAAUGUACAGGACGGGGAAAAGCUUUUGUGGAAAGAAGACGACAGACCGGAAAAUGUCUCAAGCCAUAAGCAGAAGAAUCCCGUUCAUGUCUUGGAGACUGAGAGAAAGAGAGAGAGGGAGGGAGGGAGGGAGGGAAGGAGAGGGAGAGGAGGAGGAGGAAGUGGAUAGACUCAGUUGCCUAGGAGGAUGGCCAGUGCAGAGAGGAAGGUGGAUCGACGAGUGCAGGAGAUGACUCGGCUGUGCCCCGGGUGUCAUUCCAGCAUGCUCUUCCCCAAGAAGGGGAAUCCAGGUGGAGGGAGACGACCUUCUGCCCCAGAAUUCCCCCUCUUGGAUAAAAAUGCUCUGCAACCAACAGCUGCCUUUGCCUCCAAAAGGCUGACUCAAUGGAAGAGAAGACAUGAAGGAAGCAAAGCGGGUGCUGGGCACGACCAGAAAGGAGAGGGGCUCCAGGUACCCCCUCCGCCCCACCCUUCUCCACCAGGCUCAGAAGCCUAGAUGUGGCUGGGGUCUGCGGACAGGCCUUUCCUGACUUUUUUGGUGGGGGGGAAGGGGGUUCUGUCCCCAACUUUGCAGAUGGAGCUCAUGCUUGUCUUGAACUGGAGAGGAUCUGAGCUG